AUGUCCAGGAGGCGUUAUUACGAUAGAUAUGUCUGUGAUAUAAACCUCUUGAAAAUAGAGAGAUGGGAUAAAUUUAAUACUUCAGAUAAAGAAUUACUUCUACAAUUUAUGAAAACAGAAAUGUCUCGAAGAGGUAGUUUAGCUACUCAGAAAAAGCUUCAUACAGGGAAGAAACCCUAUCAGUGUGAUAUCUGUGGUAAAUCAUUCUCUGUUGACAGUCACUUAACUCAACACAAACGUAUUCAUACAGGGGAGAAGCCAUAUCACUGUACUAUCUGUGGUAAAUCAUUCUCUAAUGACAGUCACUUAACUCGACAUAUACGUAUCCAUACAGGAGAAAAACCUUAUCCCUGCGAUAUCUGUGGUGAAUCAUUCUCUGUUGGCAGUAGUUUAAGUCGACUCAAACGUAUUCAUACAGCGGAGAAACCAUAUCACUGUGAUUUAUGUGGUGAAUCGUUCUCUGUUGGCAAUAGCUUAACUCGUCAUAAACGUAUCCAUACAGGAGAGAAACCAUAUCACUGUGAUUUAUGUGGUAAAUCUUUCUCUGAAAACGGUAGCUUAACUCAACACAAACGUAUUCAUACAGGGGAGAAACCCUAUCAAUGUGAUAUCUGUGGUGAAUCAUUCUAUCACAGAGGUAACUUUACUACUCACUCAAGGGUUCAUACAGGGGAGAAGCCAUAUCACUGUGACAUCUGUGAUAAAUCAUUCUCUGUUAGUAGUUGCCAAACUAGACACAAGCGUGUUCAUGCAGUGGAGAAAACCUCCCCGUGAUAUCAGUGGCAAAUCAUUCUAUCAAAGAAGUAACUUAACUACUCACACAAGGGUUCAUACAGAGGAGAAACCAAAUCAUUGUGAUAUCUGUGGUAAAUCUUUCUCUGAAAACAG